AUGAACAAUCUAUUUCAAAAAAAGUUUACUCACAUUCUCUCUGCCACCAUCUUGUUCAGUCUUCUUUUGGUGCUAUGGCUCUUACUAAGCUAUUUUGAUACAGAUACAAUAUCACAGAUAUCUGAGCACUGUACGGUACCGUAUCCAGGGAAACCGCUCGUUCGAUACGCAAUCAUGAUUGACGCAGGAUCCUCUGGCUCUCGUAUCCAUAUUUACAAAUUUAACUAUUGCAAGGAGAUGCCAGAACUAGAAAACGAAAUAUUUCAUGCGAUUGAGCCUGGUCUAUCUGCGUAUAGGGAUGAUCCAUUGGCAGGAGCAGGUUCACUCGAUCGCCUCCUUCAGCUUGCCAUAGAGCAUGUACCUAAAGAAUUACAAAAAUGCACGCCUAUUGCUGUCAAGGCUACAGCUGGAUUGCGAUUGUUAGGUCAAGAGGCAAGUGAGGGACUGUUGGGUGCUGUACGCGAAAAGCUAGAGACGAUGCCGUUUCCGAUUCAUGCAGUUGAGGUGAUGGAUGCCAAGGAGGAAGGUGUGUUUGCCUGGAUGACCGUCAAUUACCUGUCAGGAAACCUAGGUGGAUCAACAGUGGGCGUCUUUGAUCUCGGAGGAGCAUCGACCCAGGUUGUAUUUGAGCCAACCGGCCGUAUGGCUCCAGGCGAUCAUGUGUAUGAACUAGAGAUCGGUAAGGCCAAGUACACACUUUAUCAACACUCUUAUCUUGGCUUUGGUCUAAAUGAAGCAAGGAAAAGGAUCAAGUCUUUUGUAACUGAGCUCUGGAGAGAGUCGCAUAGUGUCUAUGACCACCCUUGUUUACCCGAAAACUACACAGAGACAGCUGGAGAGUUUCAACUGGUCGGCACAGGAGCCGGCCAUGCGCCCUGUCGAGGACUGAUCGAACGCGUGUUUGAGAAGGACAAGAGAUGUAUUCGACAGCCCUGUGCCUUUGAUGGCAUCUAUCAACCUUCACUGACCGAGUCAUUCCCUGACCGCGACCUCUACAUGUUUUCUUAUUUUUACGAUUUGACACAGCCACUAGGUAUGCCCCCAGAGUUCUCUGUACGUGAGUUUGGUGAACUGGCCAACCGCGUAUGUGAGCAAGAUCUUGAAGCGUUUAGACAUAUACCAGGUGCUGUCCAAUUGAUCAAGGGCACACCCAGUUACUGCCUUGAUCUUACCUAUAUGCAUGCUCUUUUACGGAUAGGCUAUGAAAUCCCUUCUCAUCGCCGUAUUAGAACAGCUAAAAAGAUUCAGGGCGCUGAAACCGGUUGGUGUUUGGGUGCAUCGAUAGUGAUGAUGAAUGAUGCUCGAUUAAAGUGUAAAUAUUGA